UCCCCACGACCACCGCCGAGCAGCCAAUGGAAGUAGGAUAAAUUGCACGGAUACUAUGAAGGCUAUUAUUCUAGCUGCUGGCUAUGGCACAAGAUUCAAUCGUGAUCUACAGAACGAUAAUAGUGGAGAUUUCAAGCAUCUCCAUGGCAUCCCUAAGCCCCUUUUACCAGUAGGCGAUCAACCACUCAUCAGUCAUUGGAUGACGACGAUAAAUAAAAUCAAGUCCAUCGACGCAGUUUAUGUUAUUACCAAUGAUGUCUAUUAUGCAAAAUUUGAAGAUUGGGCAAAGGAGUUCCAACUAGUCACAGUCCUAAGUGAUGGAACAACAAGCAAUGAGAAACGUUUAGGUGCAGUUGCUUGUCUUCAGCUUGUCAUUACUCAGUUUAACAUCAAUGAUCAUAUAUUGGUUCUUGGCGGGGACACAUUGUUCUAUGAGGACUUCAGUCUUUCGGAUAUCCUUGCAAAAUUUGCUGAGCUGCAGAAUAUUAACUGUGAAAGCAGUUUGGUUUUGUCAUACCCAUGCAAAGAUGAAGAAACCACAAAAUUUGGCAUCUUGGAAAUAAAUGAAAAGUUGCAAGUCACUGGAUUUAAAGAAAAACCCAGCUCUACCGAAACAACAUCUCGCAAUGCAUGCCCAUGCUUUUACAUAUAUUCAAAAAAUACAGUUCCAUUGAUUGCAAAAUUUCUUCAAGAGAAACAAAAUUCACCAUUGGAAGAGAGAGAUGCGCCUGGAAAUUUUUUGCUUUGGGUCUACACAAGGAAACCAGUGUUUGUCCAUCAUGUAUGUGGCCGAUUUGAUGUUGGAAAUCUUCCAUCAUACAUUGCAUGUACUAAGUAUUUCCAGAAGUCUUGUGGUGCAAUCUGAUUGUAAAGUUAUUAUUCAUUCCGAUUAAGUUCUUCUUAAACUUGUGACCAUUUCUUUUGUUAGUGUUAAUAGAGAACAUGGUCUGGCACCAAACAUUUAAUGAAGCCUAGCAAUUACGUGUUCUGAAUUAUUGUUUAAACUAAAUGUAGCACUGAACAACUACAAACCAGAAAUACACUUUUGUAGACUUCUCACCUUAGUUAAAUUUAAAGGAAUGCAUUUCUUCCUCAGUUGAACAGUGAUAGAAUGUCAGAAGAAUGAUGAAACAUCCUCAGCUUUUAAAAAUUUUCCAUAAAAUUUCUCAAGUGUUUAUAUAAUUUUUACUCUUUUUGAAUGGCGCGAUGAAAAUGUAUUUGUAAAUUAUAAACUUUAAGGCAAUUGUUUUGGAGAACAUGAGGUGAGAAAGGAACUUUUACUGAUCUUGCAAUCAAGUAUAGGGCUCAUGUUGGAAGAGUUAAUCUAUUCCAGUCCUACAAAAGCCAAAGUGUCUUCCUCUGAGAUGUACUUUCUAUUAUGCACAAGAUUAUAAAAAUUGAAAUUAUUAUUUUAAUUGUUAUGUUACUUUGGAACAGAUUUCAUACUGACAUUAGAAGUGAACUUAAUAAAAUGAAAUUCAGAAUAUUGUUUAGGUAGAGUUGACUGGAAGACUUAUAGAACUGAGGCAUAUUGAUAGAAUUUCAAACAACCUUUUAUAUCAGACAAAUAAUAAGAUUUAUAUUUAUACCUUGCUGGCAGUGAACUGUAUAUCGUUAAAGUAACCAUACAUGACUAUCACCAGUAUUUUGUUUUAAUAAAAUAAUAUACAUUUUAUAACUACAAAGAGAGAUUUAUAUUUUGCAGGGAUGCUUAAUGUAUUUAGGACAACUUAGAGGUGCCAAAUUUCAUGUAAUUUUUUUUGUAUCAAAUAAACUGGU